GACACAUGGAAAGGAUAAGAGUGGCGUGUAGUAAAUGAACGAGGUGGGAGGGAGUUGCCGGUGAGAGGAGUCAAGGAGGUAUAGAGUCAGUGUGACGCGGGCGAGCACGAGGCGAGGGGCUCAUCCGCUGCGCUCUCGUGAACUCCUUACUGCCGCCCCUCCCCUAGCAGACUGCCAGCACCAGACUGUGUAUGGGCACGAGCAGCCCCCAGUGACAGGCCGCCACACCCAGAGGGACGAGUGCAACAGUGGACUGAGGGUGUGGUUGUGAGUGGUGAAGGCGCAAAGGUUCCAGGAGUGAAUGUAAGUGGACAGGACAGAGGUGUUGGGAGGGGGCAGGCAGGCAGGACUAGUAACUGGCGGCAAGACGACUAACUGACUGCAACCACAACGUGAAUUGCACUGGGUGGGAGUGUUGUGCAAGGGAAAAAUGGAGCCCAACCUGGACGUGAGUUUGUGCAAUUUGUAAGUAAAUGCACCACCACCCAGCGGCGCCCUGAGCGGUGAGUGUAUGAGAGAGCGGCGAGCGGCGGUCAGUCCAAGAGUUUAGCAAUACCAAACAAAUCAAGAUGUCCAGCAGGAUGGAUGAGGAGGAGCGGAUCAGAAUGAGCCACGCAGGUCUGCUUGCCCGCAGCGCCGAGGGUCACGCCGCCAAGGGCAUGAGGAUAAAGGACCAGGAGGACAUGUGGAUAGAGAUACAGCACCACACCUUCAAGAACUGGGUGAACGUGCAGCUUCGGGACACCGGCUUGCGCGUGGAGAACCUUUCCGAGGACUUCCACGACGGAGUGGCGCUGGUCACGCUGGUGGAGGUGCUGCAGAAGAGGCGCCUGAGGAAGGUGAAGAGAGUCCUGAACCAGCACCAGGCCCUCGAGAACGUGUCCACGGCCCUGAACGCCAUAGCAGACGAUGGCAUCAAGCUUGUCAACAUUGGUAACGUGGACAUCGUCAAUGGGAACCUCAAGCUUAUCCUGGGGCUCAUCUGGUCCCUCAUCAUGCACUACCAGAUCGGUCAGUCCAAGUUCCCGCCCAAGAAACUCAUGCUGGCGUGGCUCAAGGCGGUUCUUCCAGACUGCCGCAUCAACAACUUCACCUCAGACUGGAACAGCGGCGUGUACCUCAGUGCCCUGCUGGACUACUGCAAGCCUGGACUGUGCCCCAACUGGAAGAACCUCAACCCGCGCAACUCCGUGGAGAACUGCAAGAACGCCAUGGAGACCGCGAAGAUGGAGUUCCAGAUCCCAAUGGUGCUGGACCCUGAGAUCCUGGCGUCCCCGUACCUGGAUGACCUCUCCGGCAUGACCUACCUGUCCUACUUCAUGAAGGAGGGCGGGCCGGGCUACAAAACAACGCUCAAGUGGGUACAGAAGCAGCUGCCUGACAGGAACAUCAAGAACUUCACGACGGACUGGAACGACGGCAUGAACCUGACUACCCUGGUGAAGCAGCUCGGGGGGCCCAUCCCAGGCUACAAGAGGCUUAGUGACCACCCGGCUAACUGGGAGUCCAACAUUCAGCUCGCUCUGGACGGCGGCCGCAAGCUGGGGGUGGAGCCCGUGCUGGCGGCGUCUGACAUGGCGCGGCCCGACGUGGAGUCCCUCGCCAACAUGGGGUACAUCGCAUACUACCAGUGGAUCAGGCCGCGGGACAGCCCCUCAGACACCGUGGUCGUGCAGUGCAACCUCGACAAUGUUCGCGUCAACAACCCGGUUCCCUUCAAGAUCGAGUUCAUGUCGAAGGAGGUGGUGGUGAGCGAACUGGUGGUGGAGGUGAACGGUCCCUCGGGUCCUGUCAGGGUGGACCUGGACAUCUCCCCUCGAGGCGGCAAGGGAGUCUUUGUCCCUGAGCAAGUUGGCAUCUAUGAGCUGAGGGUGCUGAACGAGGGGGAGCUGGUGGAGGGGUGCCCAGCUAAGGUGCGUGCCCUGCCUGAUGUGUCCAAGAUCAUGUUCUCCGGCAUUGACCCCUGUGCUCUGGGCUCCAUUGUGGAAGUGGUGAUCAACAGUAAUGGUGCUGGCGGUGGAGACAUCAAUGUGACAGCUUACUCCCCCACCAAUCGGCCCCUGAUGUGCCCAGUGAAGGAGGAGGACGGGGUGUACGCUGCCACCUUCCAGCCUGAUGAGGCCGGCCAGUGGUCCAUUGCUGUGCGCUAUGACGAGGAGCACAUCCAGGGCUCCCCCUUCACCUGCCAUGUCUACGAUCCAAACGCUAUCAGGAUCCUGGAGUUGGAGAAUGGUCCCAUGUCAAGCCCUGGCAAGCCCUUCACAGUGGUGGUAGACGCAACGCGGUGUGGCUGGGGGGACGCCAAGGUGGACGUGACUCAAGGUGGCCGCUCUCUCCCCGCUGAGACUCUGGAGAUAGACCGAGGCUUCUACGAGGUCACCUUCACCCCCACUGAGGCUGCUAAGCACAAAAUUUAUGUGUACUUCAAUGGCCAUGAAGUGAAAGGCUCACCCUUCUCUCUGUAUCUUGGAAUUGAGAAACCUCCUGAGAGAAAAGAUUCUAAGUCAAAGUCAAAGAAAAAGUCUUCCAACAGAGAAAACAAGGAUCCAAAGUACGGAAAGGAGAUAGUCAAGGAGUAUUCUGGCUCAGCUUUGGUCUCAUCCCCAAAGUUGCACUCCUCCCACAACACCUCGGACUCAAACUACAAGUCCACCCUCACCAAGACCUACGACUCGACCCUUGACAAGAAUUACGAGUCCUCAUACAGCCGUGACUCCCCCGGCAGAAGCAGGAAUUACGAGAAUGUGCUUCACAGGAGUUAUGAUGCACCAGUCAGCAAGACCAACAGCACUGGCAGCAGCACUUAUGACUCUGUGAAGAACAAAUACUCUAACUAUGAGACAACCACUCUCAAUCGCAGCACUGUGUAUGACUCUUCUGUCUCCACCUCCAACAAGAAGUCCAGCACCACUUAUGAUUAUGAUUCUGUCCCCCCACCAAAGCUGAACUCCACCCCAAAGAAAGUGACACUGUAUGAUGCCAGCCCCCCGUCAAGCCCGUCCCGGCUGGUGGCCCGUCGCAGCAGGAGUCCUGAGGGCAUCAAUAACACCCACCACCGCUCCACUGCUCUUGAUUCCAGCUACAAUUCAAGCUUUAACUCCACCUAUGACUCCUCCUUCAACACCACCACCUCCACUGUCAUCAACACCAAGUCCUCCACCUCAGUGUUUAACAAGUCCUCUAGUCCAGCCAGGCUUUCCUCACCAGGGCCUCGUGCCACACACUCCCCAACACCCCCAAGGACCCUGCGCGCCACGAGUCCCCCAGAGAUGGCCCGCUCCUCCCCUGCCCGUGCCAUCAGCCCUGUGAUGGGACCCCCUGACAACCUGACAGGCCUCUCCUCCCCUGCCAAGGUCCUCCAGAUUGCCCAGAAUGCUGCCAAAAGCUCUGAAGCGAGGCGACUCAGGAACUUGCCAGUCUCCUCCAAGUCCAGAACCAGGACCUUAAUCUUCAGCAAAGAUGACAGUUCAGAUGCCAGUGGGGGUGUGGAUGAGUCCCCACUGCCCUCCCGUUACUCCAUGGAGCAGAGGUCAGCUUUGCACACCAGUGAGGACCGUUACCCUUCCUCCAAUGUGAACCUGUCCUCCAACAAGACCACCACUAGGUCCUCCUCCAACACUUUCAUCAGGAGGACAGAAGACACUGUCACCUCAUCUGGGGAGGGCUGUAUCACUCCAAGUGGCAGCCGCAGCACCACCACUAUCCUGGGGCUGCCACCUGACGGCCGGCGGGGCAGCGGUGAGGCCACCCCCAGCCCUCGCUCCCACCACCGCCGCUCACAUGGCCUCGAGUCCACCACGUACUUAAGUUCAAGCAGCACUUCUGUGGAUGUGGUGGAUGCUGUAAGCCACCGUCUGCAGAGCACUCCACCCUCCACUUCCCGCCACACCACCACCACCACCACCACCUCGUCCAUCGACCCCUCCAGAGUGAUUGUCUCAGGCCCAGGCAUCAGGCUUGUCUCUGUCGGCUCCCAGGCUGAGUUCACCAUCAGCACUCCUCAGCACAUUCGCCAGGAGGAGGUGAAUGUGAAGAUAACAGGGCCAGGCAGGCGGCCCAUCCCAGUGUGGACAGACGAGGUGGGCAGUGGGGAGUUGCUGGCCGGGUUCACUCCUCAUGAGGUGGGCGAGUACAUAGUGGAUGUGCAGGCAGGAGGUGCUAGGGUCCCUGGCAGCCCUUUCAGAUGCUACGUGUACGACUCGCAGGAGAUACAAGUGGGCACCAUUCCCAAUGGGGUGGUGGGGAGACCUGUUGAGUUUGAGAUUGACGGUUCGACAGCUGGGUCAGGCAACUUGGAAAUCCUGGUGAACGGCGGCCACGUCACCUCCUACGUCAGGAACCUGGGCCAGCAGCGCUUCCUCGCUUCCUUCGUGCCGCACUCCGCCAUCAGGCACGUGGUGGAGAUGCGCUUCAACGGGGAGAAGGUUCCUGGUUCGCCUUGGACGGUGGAGGUGAUGGAGGGCAGCGGGACCCGCGUGGCCGUGCUGGGCGACACCAUCAAACACUUCCCAGCCGGCCAGCUCUCCGCCUUUGACAUCUCGGCGGCCAACGUAUCCAAGGAAGACAUCCAGGUCCACAUCGUCAGUCCCGCAAAGCGCCCCGUGUCGUACCAGCUGACGGAGAGCGGGGAGAAUGUGUACCGCGUGGCUUUCGUGACCACGGAGGUGGGAUCGUACGUGGUGGACGUGGCCGUGGCGGGGCAGAAGGUGCAGGGCUCGCCGUUCAUCGCCAAGGCCUACGACGCCGGCCUCAUCAGGGUGUCCGACGUGCCCAACGGCGUGGUGGGCCAGCCCUGCCAGUUCAGAGUGGACGCCUCCCAAGCUGGUGAGGGACAGCUGGAGAUCAGCAUCAAUGACGGGGAGGUUCCCAACCACGUGCAAGUGCUGGGUGGAGGACGCUGCCUUGUGUCCUUCACCCCGGACACCGCCAAGAUCCAUACCAUCGACAUCAAGUUCAAUGGCGAGACAGUGCGUGGGUGUCCCUUUGUGUGCCGCGUGGCAGACACCUCCCGAGUGAGUCUGACACUGCGCCACCUGGAGCUCAUCCCGGUGUCCAAGCCGGCAGCUUUUAAUAUCUCGGUGGACGGGGGAGGGUCAGCAGAACUCACUGUCACUGUCAGGACACCGAGCCACACCACCCUGCCAGUGCGGGUGUCUGGCAGUGUGCGGGCAGGAUUCAUUGCUGAGUUCACCCCGGUGGAGGUGGGUGCUCACACCAUCAUUGUCAACUACAAUGAAUCAGCAGUGUCUGGCACCCCCUUCACCUGCAAGGUGUAUGACGCUGCAAAGGUGGGAGUUUCUCACUUGCCCAGGGGAGCCAUCGGCAAGAGUCUUCAGUUUGUAGUGGAUGCAUCAGAGGCUGGGGAAGGUAACCUGGAGAUCAGCAUCAGUGCAGCAGGCAGGAACAUCCCCACCCAGGUGCACCCACAAGGCUCAGCAAGGUUUGCAGUGUCCUUUGUACCUUUGGAAGCCAUCGAUCACUCCAUCAACAUAUCCUUCAAUAAGGAACCAGUGCCAGGCUCCCCCAUUUGUGGCUAAGGUCUGUUCCACAGCAAGAUUUUAGGGAAUCCUAAUCGAAUAGUAGUGAGUGGACAGUCCUUGGCAGCAACAGCAGUUGGCAAGACGUCCUUCUUCACCAUCUCCAAUGUUACAGGAUCCGUGGAGGACGUGGAGGUGUCUGUGGAGGGUGAGAGCUUGGGACUCCCGGUGGCGGCCCAGGUCAGGGACAACGGUGACCACACCUUCAGGGUAGAAUUCGCCCCAAGGAGUGCUGGGGAGCACCGUAUCCAUGUGGCUUAUGGGGGCGAGGCCAUCCCAGGCUCUCCAUUCAGCUGCAAGGUGUACGAUGUGACAGCCAUCAAGGUGCGGCCAGUCGACAGGGGCAUGGUGGCCAAACCUGUCACCUUCUUGGUGGAGACAAACAAUGCUGGCCCAGGGAACCUGGAGGUGACUGUCAACAACGGACAGGUGCCCACCAGUGCACAGGCUCAAGGCAAUCAUGUCUAUGCCAUCUCCUUUACACCUAAAGAAGCCAAGCCUCAUGUGGUGGAGCUCAAGUUCAAUGGAGAAAAUGUUCCGGGAUCUCCAUUCUCAUGUGAGGUGGUGGACGUGUCCCGGGUGACAGUGGCAGGAGCAGGCCUGGAAAAGGUUCCUGUAGACCAGCCGGCAUCCUUCACGGUUGAUUCUCAGGCAAGCGUUGACCAGCUGGAGGUGAAGGUUCUGUCUCCCUCUCGUGUCUCGCUGGAGCCUCGGAUAUCCACCAACCAAGAUGGAAAACUGCAGGUGGAUUAUACCCCCACUGAAGUUGGUGAUCACAGCGUGGAGGUGAGAGUGGCUGGAAUGCUGGUACCAGGCUCCCCCUUCUUGGUCAAGGCUUAUGAUGCCAACAAGGUCAAAGUAACAGAAGUGGCAGCUGGUAUAGUUGGCAAGCCUGUGUACUUUUCAAUUGACGCCUCCCAGGCUGGUGCAGGGAACCUGGAGAUCAUCGUGUCGGUCAAUGGCCGAAAUGUGCCCAACUACGUGCAGUCUGAGGGGCAUGCCAGGUUUAGGGUGAACUUCAAGCCCAAGGAAGCAGCUGUUCACACCCUAUCUGUCAAGUUCAAUGGCCUCCCUGUUCCUGGGUCGCCGUUCAAGUGCCGCGUGAGUGACAGCAGCCAAGUGGUGAUCUCAGGGCCGGGGCUCAAGAUGUCCUCCCUGGCCCGCCCCGCGACCAUCACCAUUGACCCACGCAGCGCCGACGUCUCCCACUGCGUCGUACAGGUGACGUCGCCCUCUGGCAGCCACGUGCCCAUCAAAGUGUCCGGCGAGCUGCCCAGCAAGCUGACAGCAGAGUUCCAGCCGCAGGAGGUGGGCCCGCACACCGUCAACGUCAUCAUGGACGGGGAGAGUGUGGGCGGCUCCCCCUUCACCUGCAAUAUUUAUGACGUCACCAAGGUGCAGGUGACGGGCCUGGAUCACAGCAAAGUGAACCGACCAGUAACCUUCACAGUGGACGCAUCACAGGCUGGGGAGGGCACGCUGGAGUUGGUGGUGACGACAGCCAAGGCCUCAGUGCGAGCAGAGGUGGCAGCUAGGUCCCGCGGCCUCUAUGAUGUCACCUUUACCCCUCAGGAGCCCAUUCCUCACUUCGUCAACAUCACCUUCAAUGAGGAGGAUGUUAUUGGUUCACCCUUCAAGUGUGAGGUGCGGGAGCUGGAGCCUCGGGAAGUUCGCCACCUGCAGCGUAAAGAGAGCCAGAUGGUCACUGCCAAGGGAGAGGGACUCAGGCAGGUGGUGACAGGCAAUGUGGCUUCCUUCACUGUGGACACCAAAGGCCUUGAUGGUGAGCUGGACAUCCGGGUCACAGGUCCAGACGGUGGCCAGAUUCCUGCCCGGCUGGUUAAGCUCCGAAGUGGCUUGCACCGCGCUGAGUACAGGGCAGAUCAGGUGGGGUCAUACAGUGUAGCAGUGCUGCACCAGGGUGCUCCAAUCAAUGGCACACCCUAUACAGUGGAGGCUGCAGACCCUCAUCGAGUCACUCUGCAGUCUGCCGGGGACUGUUUCUCAAGCCAUGAGUGUGCCCUCAAGGUGGAUGCCUCAGGUGCUGGCAGAGGCUCGCUGUCAGUAGGAGUACGUGCUGCCGGCCAGGAUGUGAAGCACUCCAUCAGGGAUCUUGGUGGCGGCCUGUACAAGGUGCUCUUCUACCCCCGGGUGCCCAUCCCUCACAAGGUGGACGUGCGGUACAAUGGUGUCCCUGUCCAAGGGGCACCUUUUGAAGUGCCAGUUCGCAACCCUGCCACUGGACACUCCAUGACUGCCACUGGCCUGGGUCUGCACCAGGCACGUGUCAACAAGUGCACAUCUUUCGUCAUUGAGACUCUGGGUCAGCCUUCUAAGGAGUUCGAUGUGAUUAUCACUGGGCCUCAGGAUUGGGCGGUGUCUGUGAGAUGUUAUCAGCAGAAGGAUGGAAACUUAUUGGCUGAGUAUACUCCGCACAUGCCUGGCACCUUCAAGAUCGAUGUUCUGUGUGCUAACAAGCACGUCAAAGGCUCUCCAUUCUUCUGUACAGCUUACGACGCCGCCAAAGUGGUGGUGGACUACAGGAAAACCAUCACAGCUGUUGGGGAACCCUGUGUCUUUAAGUUGGACAAGUCUGAGGCUGGCACUGCAGACUUGGAUGUGCAGCUGGUGGCUCCCUCAGGAGUGGUGACACCCCUGGAGGUGAAGGGAGGACCAGCAGGGGAGACAGUGGAGUGGGUGCCUGAUGCCCCUGGACAGUACCGCAUCACUAUCCUCUACGGCGGAGAGGAGGUUCCCGGAUCACCCUUGACAGUGGAGGUUGGGGAGUCAGGGUUGGCCAGUGUAAAGGGAGUCGGGCUGGAGGGUGGAGCAGUGGACACUCCCCUUACCUUCACUGUAGAUGGCCGGGGGCUGCUAGGGGAGCCACACGUCACUGUGGAUGGGCCAGACAGUGUUGCUCGUGUUAAUGUGCGCAAGCAGGAUGAGGGGCUCUAUCAGGUAACUUAUAUACCACAUGAAGUGGGUAUUUUUGAUGUGCGUGUCCAGUGGAACAAGAGAGAUGUGGCUGGUAGCCCCUUCCACCCAAAGAUUGUUGAUCCAGCUCGUGUGAGGUUGAUUGGUGGCUGGUCGAGCCUCCUGGACUCUCAAGAUCGCUUAGAACUAACACCACGUGAGGAAAAGCGACUGGCCUUUGACGUGAGUGAGGCCGGCCCAGGGCGGCUCCGUGCCGAGCUGACGCAUGAGGGCCAGCCGCUAGAGGUUGGGGUGGACCAGAAUGGCCCACGGGCCCGACUGCUCUUCACACCCCCAGGAGAAGGAUCCUAUGAGCUCUGCCUGUGGUACUCAGAUCUCCUUCUUCCAAAUAUGCCCAUUUAUGGCAUUGCUGAGCCAGUCAACACAGGUGACCACACAAGAGUCACACUCCGUGGCCACGGCCUCACCACAGCUCGCUGUGGUGAUCGGUCAGAGUUUGUCAUCGAUGGGUCCUUAGCUGGGCCUGGUGCACCAGAUGUCACUAUGACUGGCACCAAGGCUGACGUCAAUGUGACCUUGAAUCACCAAGGAGGUGGCAUCUGGCAGGCUGAGUACACCCCCAUGGUACCUGGUGCCUACCUGCUCAAUGUGAUGUGGUCAGACAGGCAAGUGCGGGGCUGCCCUCUCAAGGUUAAUGUGGAGAGUGUGGCCGAUGCCUCCCGGGUGGUGUGCUCAGGCGAGGGCCUUAGACAUGGUAUGGUGGGUAACCAGAUCAAGUCCUUCAUCGACACCCGAAGAGCAGGUCCUGGAGAGCUGACAGUGACCUGCACAGGGCCUCAAAAAGUGGCCCUUUGUGAUCUAGAGGAUCAUGGAGAUGGGACUUUCACCUUGAAUGUCCGGCCACAAGAAUCAGGUCGACAUGCCCUCAAUGUGAAAUACGAAGGUGAACAUGUGCCUGGCUCCCCAUACACCCUCAAGGUGGCUGGCGCACCAGACCCAUCCAAGGUGAAAGUGUACGGUCCUGGCAUUGAGCAUGGAGUCCUUGCAGCGUACCAGAGCCGCUUCAUAUGUGAUACUCGUGGAGCAGGAGCCGGCCAGCUUACUGUUCGGAUUAGAGGACCAAAGGGUGCUUUCCGUGUGGAGAUGCAGCGCGAGUCACAGAAGGACCGCACCAUCCUUUGUAAAUAUGAUCCCACUGAGCCAGGCGACUAUCGUAUGGAAGUGAAGUGGUCAGGGGAACACGUGCCUGGCAGUCCUUUCAUGGUCAUGAUCUUCGAUACCCAGGAUGAGCUUAACAGAUACAUGGCUGGUGGGUAUUCUCCAGGUGGAGCAGGUGGUGCCCAGAGUGACUACUAUGGUAGCAUCGGUUAUGGCACCACCUAUGGUGCAGUAACAUUUGGUCAGAUGUCUUGGCGUGGCUCCCAAGCACAGCUGUGAGGGGGUCCUGGGUCCCCACCGAGCGUCAUCCCCCACAUCACAUUUUCCAGUAAUGGCCGGAGUGUGGGGUCUACUCCAUCUACCCCAUCCCCAGGUAGAGCCACACCCUUCACCAAUGGUCGAUUAUUCACUCCUCUGCGGCGGGUGAAAGCCAUAUCACACACUCACCGCGGACACAUGCCUUCUCCUGUAGACUCUCUUCCCCGGCCAGCAUUCUCACAUCCUCAAAGACCUGUGCCUCUCUAUGUGUCGACAUGGGGCUGGUCUCCAUGCUACUCCACACUGCCAUCCUCAACCCCCAAGGGCCGCCACAUGGUCCCCCGACGCUCAGUGCCCUCAAAUGGCUCUGUACACACUGGUGUGAAGUCACACAAGUUUAGUCGCUACAGAGUUGUUGCUGAUAAUAUUUAGGGUGGUGGACCCUGAUCCCAAGAGGGCAUCUGUAUAUACAUUUAUGCCAGUGGUGAUAGCUAGCUCAGGUCCCUGUCUUCCUGGGCUUGCCUUCCCAUUGCUGUCAUCCACAAGAAGACCCAAGUAGAACAACUAGCAGAGCACAAUGAGGUUAUUUCUCAUCAUGAAAUUAGGUUGCCACUCAGUUGCAUUCCAUACUCGCAAUGUAAAUAUGAACACCAUUGUCACAUUGAGAAGCCAGUAGUAGAGGCAAGAUGGUAGUUAGUGGGGUUCAGCCCAUGUAGCAUUAUCCCACCUUGUCAGUGGUCAGUAUUUUGCUUGAAAUUGAUCAUUAUUGUAGUGGAUAAUUUAAAUUUUGUAAUUCAUAAAUUUGGAUAAAUUCUGAGAUUUCAAGUAAUUUUUCAAGGAUAUCCUCAAAGCAAGAUACAACCAGAGGUUCUUUUACCACCAAGUUUCCCAAGAUCAAAAUCAUGUUUCAUGUUAUGUAUCACACCUUCACCUUUGCAUUUUACUCAUGUAGAAGUCAGAUUUAUAUUUUUGAUUGUUGUUGUUUACAUGUUUAAUUGUAACAGGCAAUAAGGAACCCCUUCCUGGUGUGGUGUCUUCCUUGCACCACAGCUCAUCAGAGAAUGUGGUCAAUCAUAGGUAGCAGUUUUUAACUUUGUACAGGUUGAAUUAAUAACUUAUACUAAUGACA